AUGUUAAUUAUCCAACGAUUAUUCCCAUCUGUUCAAACAAUGAAGAACUUUCGAUCCUCUGCUCAGCUACUCUCCCAGCUGUUUUCAUCCGCUUCGGGACGCACCAUAUCAGCACCUCGUUUUUUCCGGACGGCCUCUCUGAACUCAGCUGUUGCCCAUCCAAUUACUGCCCACGGACCUCCUCCCAAGGCUCCUUCACCGGCACCGGGAUUUGAGGAGCACACAGCACAAUGUGGAAUAAACGAAUCCAACAAACGAGAGAGCGCUGCCGGGUGGCAACUGUCAAAGAGGACCGCAGCACUUAACAAAAGGUUUUGGAAAGAUGUGAAUGUCGCGAAGAAAUCAGAUGGGGAAUAUCAUGUUCUGUUAGACACUCGGCCAGUUCGCACACCGAUGAAAGGUGUCCUUUCGAUUCCUGCGACUAAACCUCAUCUCGCGCAUGCGAUCGCAUUGGAGUGGGAUGUCAUGAAGUCUGCACGGGAAGCAUUAAAAAGCCAUUUAAUCCCAUUAACGUCUCUCGCUGCGCGGGCAGCGGAUAUUGCUCGAGAAGACGCGAACGGCGAUACAUCCACGAGAGAGCAGAUACUGAGGACCACGCUGGGCUACCUAGAUACCGACACGCUGCUUUGCUGGGUACCGGAGCAGGAUGUUUACAAAACCGACACAGAGAAUGCGCCAACCGAGACUCUUCGAACAAUACAAAUGAGGGUGGCCAGAGAUAUCACCAGUUAUUUGACUACAAAAGUCUGGCCUGGGAUCGAGAUCACGCCCAUGCCAGACGAAAACAAUAUAUUGCCCACGUCUCAACCCCAGGCGACGAAGGAUAUAAUCCGUAAAUGGAUAUCCGACUUGCUACCUCAUGACUUGGCUGCUUUUGAAAGAGGAGUGCUUGCGUCCAAAAGCUUGCUAGUAGCCACCAGGCUGCUCGUGGAAUGGAGUGAAAAUUUCCGUCCCCUGCAACAACCAGGACAGAAGAGAUUCGGCAUUGAAGAGGCGGCAGAGGCCUCUAGUCUCGAGGUCAGGUGGCAGACCGAGAUGUGGGGUGAAGUCGAGGAUACUCACGACGUCGACAAGGAAGACCUGAGAAGGCAACUCGGUAGUGUCAUCGUCCUUGUAAGUGGGCAGACUCGGUAG